CAAAAUAAGUUUCUUCCCCUUUAAGAAGUUGCGCUGUCCAGCACAGCUGGGAUUUCUAUACGGACAGAUAGCGCAAUGAAGAGCAGCGUCGACCCGUCAUCAUGUGCACCGGGCUUCCGAGGACUGCCUGUCCGCUGCGACUUCUUGCCCUCUGCAUCCUUCUCUCCUACGCAGCAGCCUAUUUCGGGCUUACAGGUCGCGAACCCCUGGUCUUUCUGCCUGGUCCUUUUGCCAACGAGGCUCCGAACGGUAAAUUGUACCUGAAGCAAUGCGAGCAGAUGACCUUGACGCGUCGGCAGAAGCGCAUGUGUCGGCGUGAACCGGGGCUGGCGGAGACUCUGAGGGAAUCUGUCCGCCUUAGCCUCCUGGAGUGCCGCUAUCAGUUCCGCAACGAGCGCUGGAACUGCAGCAUGGAUGGGCGCGCAAGCCUUCUGAAACGAGGGUUCAAGGAGACGGCCUUUCUGCUAGCCGUGUCAUCUGCGGCACUGACUCACGCACUGGCCAAAGCCUGCAGCUCAGGGCGGAUGGAACGCUGCACCUGCGACGACUCUCCGGGUCUGCAGCACCGUGAGGCCUGGCAGUGGGGCGUCUGUGGAGACAAUCUGAAAUACAGCACUAAGUUUCUCAAGAAGUUCUUGGGGCAGAAACGGGUCAGCAAGGACCUGCGUGCCCAGAUUGAUGCCCACAACAUUAACGUCGGCACCCGGGCAGUGAAGAGCGGACUCAAAACUACUUGUAAGUGUCACGGCGUCUCCGGUUCGUGCGCCGUGAGGACUUGCUGGAAGCAGCUCUCCCCGUUUCACGACACGGGCAACCUGCUGAAGUUCCGUUACGACACCGCAGUCCGCGUGCACAGCAUCACCAACGCCGCCACGGGCGAGACCGAGCUGGCGGGGCCGGGUCGACACAGCAACACAGGCCCUCGACCACGACCCACAGAGCUGGUGUUCUUGGAGGAGUCGCCCAGCUUCUGCAGGCCCUCGCGUUACUCGCCCGGCACGGCCGGCAGGACCUGUUCCAAAGACACCAGCUGCAGCAGCCUGUGCUGUGGGCGGGGCUACAACACAGCCCUCCGCCUCACCACCCUCUCCUGCCACUGCCAAGUCAGAUGGUGCUGCCAUGUAGAGUGCGAAACCUGUGUUCGAGAAGAGGAGGUGUACACCUGUAAGAAACACUGAGAGCGAGACGUUGAAGAAGAAUGAGGGGCAGAUUGGUAGUGCAUUACAGGAGAUGCAAACAUGCAUAUCGGGAGGAUAAAGGUUUGGAGGUUGUCAUGCCAAAAGAGAUAUUUGACUAACGUGAUAGUAGCUUUUCUGCUGUCAUGGAAACCAAAUAAGACAAACCCUGUUUCUUGUCUUCAAAACGAGAGACUCGAAAAGCCACAACCAGAGGUUUGAGUUUAGCCGAAGUAACCUCUUCCUUUUGAACAUUUUGUGGUGACGCACACUUUAGGGCAAUGUUAGGGCAGUAAUUCUCAGCUGUCUGCCCUCAGACUUAUCUUUUUGACUACAUUUUUACCUGUUUUUCAUUCCACUGCCUUUACUGCAUAUUUCUCUAUUGCUCUGAGAGUCCACAUAUUGGGCUUUAAAAUAUAUUGAUAGUAUGAAGCACUUCUGAAAGUUUAUUUGUCAAUAAGUUGUCUCUUAUUUGUAAGGAAGAAAGUACUUGU